AAUCAGCUUACCAGUUUAUAUAUAUAUACACCACAAAUUUUUUCAGACCCACUUUUUGGCACUUUUAAACUAAAUGAAUAGUUCACAAAAUGUCUAGCAAAGUUGCCAUUGUUUUAGGUGCUUCAAGGGGAAUUGGUCGUCAAAUUGCGUUGACAUUGGGAAGUCAACAUCAUGUAGUAGUAGCUGCUAAAACUGUUGAAGAUAGUAACAAUUUACCGGGUAAUAUACAUAGUGUAUGUUCAGAAAUAAAAGCUGGAGGUGGUAGUGCCCUAGCCGUUAAAUGCGACGUCACAAAAGAGUCCGACAUAUCAAAUUUAAUUCAAACAACAAUUGCCCAUUAUGGAAAAUUGGAUGCCUUAGUAUAUAAUGCUGGCGCUAUUCUAUGGAAAACAGUUGAAGAUACACCUUUAAAAAGGUAUGACUUGAUGAACGCUGUUAAUGGCCGAGGAGCAUAUAUUGCUGUCCAAGAAUGCAUGCCAUACUUUCGUCAGCAAAAUUCUGGGAAAAUUAUUUUGGUUUCACAACCAAUUUAUUCUCGAUUUUUUCGCGGAAAAACGCCAUAUGCUAUGACAAAAACAGCAAUGACAGUUUUAACUAUGGGACUUGGAAUUGAGCUGGAGGGUUCGAACAUUUCUAUAACUUCACUCUGGCCAGCUACUGUUGUUGAAAGUUUUGUUACAGCUAAGAUGGGCGUUCCUAAUGAAAUGAUGAGAAAAUCGACUGUAUUUGCUGACGCUACUAAACUUCUUGUGGAUGAGCCGACUCAGAAAUACAAUGGUAAAGUUCUUCUGGAUGAAGAUAUCUUACGCGAUAAUGGCGUUACAGAUUUCACAAAAUACAGAUGCGACCCUAAUCAAGAGCCAGCUAGAAUGAUGCCAAAAAAUUUCCCUGAUUUAUCGGUAGCUAAGCAAGAAGAACAAAUGACCGGAUUUAAAUCCAAUUUAUAA